AUGUCCAACCAAAUCAUACAUUUCGAGAGUUUCAACACGCUCGCCAACAUAUUCUACACAAGCAUUGGCCUGGACGCAUACCAGAAAGCCGGACAGCGCACCAACAACAUACGCCGUCAGCUGUUGAGCAUAUUUUUCAUCAUCACAAUAGCCAACAUGAAUAUAACCUUACUUAGCGAAUUGCUAUACAUAUUUAUGGCCUUCGCAAAUAACAACAACUUCGUUGAGGCAACAAUGCUUUCGUCAUUUGUGGGUUUCGUCAUUGUCGGCGAUUUCAAAAUUUACAGCAUUUGGCGACUACGUGCGCGCAUCACCGCUAUGAUGCAAGCGCUACAUGCGCUCUAUCCGCAAACGCUAGCCGAGCAAAGGCAAUACGAAGUGCAGCGGGUACUAAAGCGUUACCAACGUUUCGCUUAUGCGUUUGUUAUGCUGCACGAGCUGCUGGUCUGGAGUUAUAAUCUAUUUCCGCUACUCARCUAUUUCAUCUAUGAARUUUGGCUGGCGCUGCGUGUUGUGGGCAAAACGCUGCCCUACAACUGUUGGACACCAUUCGAUUGGCAUGUUAAURAUUGGCGCUAUUAUCUCAUGUAUCUGACGCAAAUCGCUGCCGGGCAAGCGUGUCUCUCCGGACAAUUGGCCAAUGACUUGCUCUUGAGCGCAGUGUCCGUGCAGUUGAUAAUGCAUUAUCGGCAACUAGCACGACGCAUAGAGUUGCAUGUAGCGGGCGGUGGCGGUGACGGUGACGGCGGCGGCAGUGGAAGCAAAUGGCGCRCAGCGGCGACUAAUGUGUCUCGUSAGCAUGAUUUAUGUUUUCUGCGCAGCAUUAUUGCCUAUCAUCAGCAGAUUCUGAAUUACUUCUAUACGCCGAGCAGGUUAUCGCAGGCUUUGAAUGAUGUCUUCGGUAAUUCGCUCUUUAUCAGCUUUGCGUCGACUGCGCUGAUUAUCUGCUUUGUGCUCUUUCAAAUCACCAUUGGUGCUAAUAUCGAUGCGAUCGUUAUGUUGGCGUUCUUUCUCUUCUGCUCGUUGGUGCAAAUCUUUCUUAUUUGCUUCUAUGCGCAGCAAAUUUUGGAAGCGAGUGAAUACAUCAGCUUUGCAGUUUACAAUCACAAUUGGUUCGAUUCGGACUUGCGUUAUCGGAAAAUGUUGGUAUAUAUAAUGGCACGCGCACAGAAGCCGUCGAAAUUGCAAGCAACUUCUUUAGUGACAGUUUCUAUGCCCACCAUGACCAAUACUCAUGGUCUCUUCGACAAAGUUGUUCAGAAUGAUCCAUAG